GUCGAGCUCUCGGUACUAUUAGAAUUUAGAAUGCAAGAAAAACGCCUAACGAGAUGCUUUCCUCUCUGCUUUUUAUCCCAAGAACUGCGAAACUCGCGAAGGCACUCGUCGCUGUUCGCCAUCCAUUUACCUCUCCGGCCUCCCCAUUUCUUCACGCCGACAUCUCUUCUUAGGGGAGAGGAGAGGUGGGAAAUCGGCCAUGGCCUCCGAUGUCUCCCAGUUGGCAGCCAGGUUAAGCAUCAGAAGUCACGUGCAGAAGAAUGCUGUUUGAAAAUCAUCAUAGACCAGUUAAAGAGCUCUGAUUUUCCUCCGCUUAUAGAUGUUUUAUCUAUGUCCAAUUUAUCUGAGAUUGAUGCAGUUGAUGUAUGGCAGAAGUCAUCUUAUAUCUUGUUAGAUGGAGAAUAUGUUCUGUCUUUGCUUCGUGCAGUCAACCAGAAGCUUCGGAUGAUUGAUCUCGUUGAUUCGUCAUCCUGGAAAGAUGUUUUGCAUGAUAUUUACCAAAAAGGGAUAACAUGCCAGAUUUUAAACUUGCGCUUCUCUCCUAUUCAGAAGCUCAGCAUGACCGGGAAAUUCAUGCAGCUGCACACUCUUAAACUGGACUUCAGUGUUCAUCUGACCAGUUUCCAUGCAAGUUGCUUUAGUUGCAUGCCAAAGCUAAUGCGGCUCUCUAUGUGUGACACAAGAGUUACCAAUCUUUGGAUGACAAGUGCUGCACUAUCAAAACUACAUUCCUUGGUGGAACUACGUUUCCAGAGUUGUUUGUGUUGCUAUGAUACUGGGCCAUGUUCUGGCAAGAGAGUGACUUCAUAUGCUUAUGAGAAAAUUGGAUCUUCUUCACAUCAUUGUUACUCUUACCCUGAAUCACUCUCUGUGACCAAUGAGAACUUUCGAUUGCAAAAUAUGCAAGAAUCUAGCAUCGAUAGAAGUCCCAGCACUCUAUAUUCUGAUGAUGACUCCUUUACAAAUCAUGAAUUGCAUCAAAGCACAUCUGAGGAAUCAUCAGCUGAAAGCGACCUAGAUAUUUCAAGUGAUACACAAAGCAUUGAUAACUGGACAGACAUAUCCCAGGAUUCUGAUCAUGAGUUGGAUGGACGGACCAAUUCAGAAAUUUCAGUAAACACAUCAGACCUUACCAUAUCAUCUAGUGGUCAUUCUUCUGUACCAUCAACCAUCAGGCUUUUUGAGGAAGUCAUAUAUUCUAGUACAAGAAUGAAAAAUGACAUUUGCAACACAAAUAUGUUUGAAGGUCUGAAAAAUAAUAGUUUAAUUGUCCAUACAAGUACAGAUGAAAUUUACAGUCAACUUAACCAUAGGAAUCGAUUCUCUGCUGACACAAUAUUUAUUGAAGAUGAAGAAGGGUGUUCAAGUAGAGAGUCAAACUUAGAAAAUACUACAGAGACUUUGGACUUGGCUCCAGAAAAUCAUCCUUCACAUCAUUCUUCACCAAUUUGUUUUGAGAAAUAUUACAGAGAAUAUAUGAUAUAUUCACUUCCACAAUUAAAAGUUUUAGAUAAUUUUCCUGUCAAAAAUGUCGAGAAGGAGAAAGCAAAAGCAAUAUUUAAGAAAUACUAUGAGCAUGUACCAUACAACAGACAACCAAAAGAGAGUGUUGUCAGUAUUUUGCAAAGGCGUGAAGUGGGGUCCAAUGCUUUUUAUCAGAAAUAUUCUCAAAUAAAGCAGCCAUAUUGUCGAGAAAGUCAUCAUUCCUUCUCCAGGUCGCUUUCUGCUGCUAAAGUAAGUUCUGCUUUACAGCCCCAUCUGCAUCCAAUUUCCAAGUUCAGAAGUGGGUCAAGGAAAGAAACUAGGAGUUUCUGUCCACGGCAAUUUGAAUAUCAUCCUAGUAACCCUGGUCUUAUGGUCUUUGGUACAGUGGAUGGGGAGCUUGUUGUUAUGAAUCAUGAAAGUGAGAAACUUGUUGGCUAUCUCCCUUCAGCUGGAGCACUUAAUAGCAUUUUAGGGCUUUGCUGGCUUAAGAACUGUCCAUCCAAGCUCAUUGCUGGCUCCGACAAUGGUUCUUUGCAAAUGUACGAUGUUUGUCAAAUGCGAUCAACGGUUACUGACCAAUAUUGCAGCAUGAAUGCUUCUGUGCACACAUUUGAUGAUUUUGAGCAGUUGACAUCUGUUCAUGUAAAUUCAACUGAUGAAUAUUUUGUUGCAAGUGGAUUCUCAAAGAAUGUAGCUUUGUAUGACAUAGGCAGUGGAAGGCGCCUGCAAAUUUUUCAAGAUCUUCACGGGGAGCAUAUUAAUGUUGUUAAGUUUGCACACCAUUCCCCUACUCUCUUUGCUACUGCAUCCUUUGAUCAUGAUAUCAAGAUGUGGGACUUAAGGCAAGGACCCUCAAGGCCCUGUUUUUCAGCUUCUAGCUCAAAAGGAAAUGUGAUGGUGUGUUUUUCUCCUGAUGAUCACUAUCUGCUUGCCUCGGCCAUUGACAAUGAGGUUAAGCAGCUAUUAGCUGCAGAUGGAAGGCUUCACAUGUCAUUCAGUAUUUCUUCCACUGGAAGUUCUCAAAAUUAUACUCGAUCAUACUACAUGAAUGGAAGGGACUACAUUAUCUCUGGAAGCUGUGAAGAGGAUGUUGUCCGAAUUUGCUGUGCUCAAACUGGAAGGCGGCUAAGAGAUGUUUCUCUGGAGGGUAGAGGUUCAAGAAAUUCUAUGUUUGUGCAAUCUUUGAGGGGUGACCCAUUCCGGGCUUUUCAUAUGAGCAUCCUGGCAGCGUAUUGGCACCCAUUUGCUAAGUCUGAGAUUGUUAAGGUGAAUUUAUUGCAGUCCGAUGAAGGUACUGAAGAGAACUCCCGUGCUUGUGGCAGGCAGGCUUCAUCCAGUAUGGGAGGUUAAUAACCAUGGCCCUUGUUUUAUAAAAAUGACAGAUCUAUGCCUUUAUGGCAUGCCUAUGAAUUCUAACUAGCUGGUAUUCCCUAAAUAUGGAUAUUCAAUUGGAAUUUUCUUCAUUUUAUUUAUUUAUUUUUCUUUUUUUUGAGGGGUGGGGAGAGUGAGGCUUGCUGUUCAGUGCUUUAUAGUAGUUAUAUGUUGCUUUAUGAAUAGCAGUCUCUCUGGACUGGGACAAUCAACUCAUGAUGUCGCGGAUGAGGCUGUUCAAAUAUCAUUACUAGCAGUGGAUAAUUUUCUAUGUUCUAAAAUGAACCAUGGAUGAUUUUUGUAUUCGAAUUUAUGAAGUAAAAUACCUUUUUUCGAACCCCUUCUACUAUGAAAUAUAGUUGAUUUUUAUAUUCA